AUGGCACGCGUAAAGAUGGGUCUCCUCGCUCUCCUGUGUCUCCCCACGUUUUUCUUCCGUGUCCUAGUGCUCUCCCACAGCAGCAACAUCUAUGAGCGGUCGGCCGUCCCCCGCGCCGUGUCUCGCUCCGUGGCCCGAAUGGAUGGAGACGUGAUUAUUGGCGCGCUCUUCUCCGUCCAUCACCAACCGUCUGCAGAGAGAGUGGCCGAUCGGAAGUGCGGGGACGUCCGCGAGCAGUAUGGCAUCCAAAGGGUGGAGGCCAUGUUCCACACGUUGGAUCGGAUCAACUCCGACCCGAACCUGCUCCCCAACAUCAGCUUGGGCUGUGAGAUCCGGGACUCCUGCUGGCACUCCUCAGUGGCCUUGGAGCAGAGCAUCGAGUUCAUUCGGGACUCCCUCAUCUCCAUCCGAGAUGAUAAGGAUGGAUCCAAAUGGUGCAUUGACGGUACCCCAUCCAACCAGCCUCCACCCUCCAAGAAGCCCAUCGCCGGAGUGAUCGGACCGGGAUCCAGCUCUGUUGCCAUUCAGGUGCAGAAUCUGCUGCAGCUCUUCAACAUCCCCCAGAUCGCCUACUCUGCCACCAGCAUCGACCUGAGUGAUAAGACUCUGUUCAAGUACUUCCUGAGGGUCGUGCCCUCGGACACCCUGCAAGCCCGGGCCAUCAUGGACAUUGUCAAGCGGUACAACUGGACCUAUGUGUCUGCGGUGCACACUGAGGGAAACUAUGGGGAGAGUGGCAUGGAGGCCUUCAAGGAGCUGGCGUCUCAGGAAGGCUUAUGCAUUGCCCACUCGGACAAAAUCUACAGUAACGCGGGGGAGAAGCACUUUGAUCGCCUUUUGAGGAAACUACGCGAGCGUCUACCCAAAGCGCGUGUGGUGGUAUGUUUCUGCGAGGGCAUGACGGUCCGAGGUCUCCUGAUGGCCAUGAGGCGACUUGGGGUGUUUGGGGAAUUCCUCAUCAUUGGCAGUGAUGGAUGGGCAGAUCGUUAUGAGGUUGUGGAGGGCUAUGAGCAAGAAGCAGAGGGAGGAAUCACCAUGAAGCUGCAAUCUGAGGUGGUCAAAUCAUUCGAUGACUACUACCUGAAGCUGCGUCUGGACACUAACACCAGGAACCCCUGGUUUGCUGAGUUCUGGCAGUAUCGCUUCCAGUGCCGCCUACCCGGCCAUCCACAGGAAAACAAGAACUACAAAAAAGUCUGCUCUGGAAAUGAGAGUCUGCAUGAAAACUAUGUUCAGGAUAGUAAGAUGGGCUUUGUCAUCAAUGCCGUCUAUGCCAUGGCCCACGGCCUCCAUGAUAUGCACAAGGAAAUGUGCCCAGGACAGCCAGGGCUCUGUGGGGCCAUGGACCCUAUCGAUGGUAGCAAGCUGCUGGAUUACCUGCUCAAGACAUCCUUCGGAGGAGUCUCAGGGGAGGAUAUUUAUUUUGAUCAAAAUGGAGACACCCCAGGAAGGUAUGACAUCAUGAAUCUACAGAGCGUGGGGGAUAGUCGCUAUGAUUACAUAAAUGUUGGCUCCUGGCAUGAGGGAAUCUUAAACAUCGAUGACUUCAAGCUGUGGAUGAACAGCAGCGAAAUGGUCCGCUCAGUCUGUAGUGAGGCCUGCUCCAAAGGACAAAUCAAGGUGAUAAGGAAGGGCGAGGUGAGCUGCUGUUGGAUCUGCACUACAUGCAAGGACAAUGAGUACGUCCAGGAUGAGUUUACCUGCAAAGCUUGUGAGCUGGGAUGGUGGCCUGAUGAUGACCUGGCAGUCUGCCAGCCCCUGCCUCUGAAGUAUCUUGACUGGUCGGAUGUGGAAUCCAUAGUCGCAGUGGUUUUUUCCUGCGUGGGCAUCAUGAUCACCUCCUUUGUCACGUUUGUCUUCAUCCAAUACCGUGAUACCCCUGUGGUGAAGUCCUCCAGCCGGGAGCUCUGUUAUAUCAUCUUGGCAGGCAUCUUCCUGGGCUACAUCUGUCCAUUCACCUUAAUCGCCCGUCCCACAGUGGUCUCCUGCUACCUGCAGAGGCUCCUGGUGGGCCUGUCAUCUGCCAUGUGCUACUCCGCCCUGGUGACCAAAACUAACCGCAUUGCCCGUAUUCUGGCAGGUAGCAAGAAGAAAAUCUGCACCAAGAAGCCCCGAUUCAUGAGCGCCUGGGCCCAGGUGAUCAUCGCCUUUAUGUUAAUCAGUGUACAGCUAACUCUGGAGAUCACACUCAUCAUUCUGGAGCCUCCUGAGCCCAUCAAGUCGUAUCCGAGCAUAAGUGAGGUCUUCCUCAUCUGUAAUACCAGCAACGUAGGCAUGGUGGCGCCACUGGGUUAUAACGGCCUGCUAAUCUUGAGCUGUACCUAUUAUGCCUUCAAGACAAGGAACGUCCCAGCCAAUUUUAAUGAGGCUAAAUAUAUUGCCUUUACAAUGUACACUACCUGCAUCAUCUGGUUGGCCUUUGUGCCCAUCUACUUUGGCUCCAACUACAAGAUCAUAACCACAUCUUUCUCUGUCAGCCUCAGUGUAACAGUGGCACUGGGGUGCAUGUUCACACCUAAGAUGUACAUUAUGAUUGCAAAACCAGAGAGGAAUGUCCGAAGCGCCUUCACCACAUCUGAUGUGGUGCGAAUGCACGUUGGAGAUGGAAAGUCUGCAGCUCCUUGCGGGAGCAACAGUUUCCUCAGUAUGUUCCGGCGGAAGAAGCCUGGAUCUGGCAAUGCAAAUUCUAAUGGCAAGUCUGUGUCAUGGUCUGAAUCAGGUGCAAGACACCCUCCGAGGGGGGGGAAUGUGUGGCACAGACUGUCUGUGCAUGUGAGGAAACAGGAAGCCAACUUGAAUCAGACGGCGGUCAUCAGGCCCCUAACUAACACCCCCGACCCCCACAGUUGUGAGCCCUCCACCUGCGACCUUGGCACAGAUCCCCAUCUCCCCGAAGAACCACCUGGUGCUAAGCCUCUAUACAACCGGGUGGAACAGGGCGACGAGGGCAAUGCACAGCGCCCCCUCUGGACUCCAACUUGCUCUGGACAGAUGCAAGGCCCGGAGCCUAAUUUAUAUAAGCCGGCUUCUUAUUUACCCCCUCACUUGACGGGCUGCACCACAGAGCGCUUUCAGGGAGCGUUGGUGGACACACACAGCUCCCAUGUCCCUGCACCGAAUGACCACACCAGGGAGGAAAUCCCUGCCAACGAGCCUUUGAGCUUAACACCCUCUCAUCUUCCUUUAGUCCCACAAGUGGGGGUGUUUGAAAAACAGGGGUUCGAGGAUGAGGAACUGGACCUCUUACACAGCUACAUUUAUGAUGCCAAGGAGGAAGGGGAGGGGGAGGAUGGGGAAGGCGAGGAUUUAACUCCGAACAAGCCAACUCUGGAGGAUUCCCUGGCUCUGUCUCCCCCCUCCCCCUUCAGAGACUCAGUGUGUUCAGGGGAGUCUAUCACUGGCUCCCCCAUGAUUGAGUCGAUGCUCGGUAGCCCACCGAGCUCAGUCUACACCUCAGACAUCCUCCGAGACUUCGCACACAGCUCCUCAACACUGUGA